UAAUAAUACAAAUAAAACAGAGAAAAACCCAACAAUCAUAUGACCACCUAUGAGCAGGCACUUUGGUUACAGUGGGAAGGAAAAACUCCCUUUCAACAGAACGAAAUCUCCAACAGAACUACGCUCAGGGAGCGGCGUCCGUGACUAGUUGGGCGUGAGUGAAGUGCUUUAAUGGAGUGAUGCAGUAAUAUGAGGUUUUUAAGAUAAGAUAGGACCUGAUUAUUCAAAACCCUAUAUGUGUACACGUAGUGUACACGUCCUGAUAAAAAACAACUCCAAGAUUCCUCACAGUGUUACCGGAGGCCCAGGUAAUUCCAUCCAGAGUAAAAGUUAUUAUGAUAAUGGCAGAAUAUUCCUCUCAAAUCGUCUGGUGGUUCAGUUGUAUUAUAAACGCCUGGCUUAGUACCUAAUGAGUAAUUACUUAACCACUGAGGAAGUGGCCAUUGUUUUAUGGAGGCCCAAAACAUGGAGAGGAUCCAAAAUCCUUACCAUUACCCUAAGGUGACCCUACACCUGCUGAAUAAAGAAUGACCUCAUUGUUUCUUUACACUGUGCAUACAUUGUUCAGUUAUAUCACGCAACUAUUUUGUUUUGGCAGUAAGUAUUGUUUAUGGAGUCAUGAAGCAUCAUUCAGAGAGUUAAGUCACGCUACACGUCGUCAGUCAUUAAAAAGUGUUUAUGCAAGUCAGGCAGGUAAAAGUUGCAGAUCACCAACUAAAUACAUUUCAUCUAAGUUGUCCUUAAUUAGCAACAUUGCUAGCUAAAUGCUAUGUUUACAUUAUUUAUCCAUUUAUCUCUCUGUGCAGUACAUUAGAUCUGUCCCUAUGUGUCUGUCUAUAAAGCAGGUUUGACUCGACAGCAAUAAAACCUUAUUUGGAUAUUGUUUAGAUACCAGGUCAGAUUAACUGGGGGAGUUAAAGACAGUUUCCAAAUAUAACUGACAACAACUAAGUGUUAGUUUAAUCUGCAGGAGCAGUUAUAGAAAAUAUUCUGAACCUUUGCAUCACCAACCUAAAAAUAUGUGGGGAACAAUAUAAUGAUAUAAUAAUAAAUACUGUUUUGUCAAACGUCAUCUUUUAUCACCGAACAGACUGAAAACCAGUUAGCUUAUCACUGAGCUGUGAGAAGUUAUUUUGGUGUGUACUGGAAAGACUGGGACACACCCAGUGACAGAUUACCAUUCAGAGGUGUCAUUCUCUUAAACCUCCACAUGCUUCUAUUUAUAACAGAUAGCUGCAAUACCUCAGAGAGGUGAGAAAGAGAGGGAGAGAGAGAGAGUCAUAUGACCUACUGCUCAUUCCACAGAUAGCGACGGGCAGCACGCUCACUCUGUGCUUCCAUCUGUAAUUUCACCAGAGCUGCAGCGUGUUCAGAGGAUGUGUCGCAACACAGUCAGUGUACUCUGAACAGAUUUCUGGGAUUUUGUCUGUAAUUAUUAUCAGCAAAGGACGUAACAGUAUAUCUCAUUUGGGCUGACAGCUGGAGGACAAUGCCAGAGGAGAAAGUGUUUCAGCAGCAGGCUGUCCACAGCCCUCUGGAGCAACAGAAGCAGAAACAGAAGCAGGGUAGCAGUGGAGGACCUGUCGCCUGCCAGAACUGUGGAAAGCCCUGCAAAGGGGAGGCACUCCGAGUUCAGAAUAAACACUUUCACAUUAAGUGUUUCAUCUGCAAAGUAUGUGGCUGUGAGCUGGCCCAGGGAGGAUUCUUUGUGCGGCAGGGUGACUACAUCUGUACUCUGGACUACCAGCGGCUGUAUGGAACUCGCUGCUUCAGCUGCCAGGACUUCAUCGAAGGGGAGGUCGUGUCCGCGCUGGGCAAGACCUACCACCCACGCUGCUUUGUUUGCACCUCAUGCAAACAGCCAUUUCCAGCCGGUGACCGAGUGACAUUUAAUGGGAAAGAGUGUAUCUGCCAAAAGUGUACCCAGCCUCUUCCCGCCAACAGCCCUGCACCCAUACAGGCUGUCCACAACUGCUGUGGCUGUGGAAAGGAAUUUAAGAAUGAACAGUCGCUCGUGGCACUGGACAAGCACUGGCACCUGGGCUGCUUCAAGUGUAAAGUCUGCAACAAGGUGCUCAAUGCCGAGUACAUCAGCAAGGACGGGAUCCCCUACUGUGAAAUGGACUACCACGCCAUGUUUGGCAUCCAGUGUGAGAGCUGUAAGAAGUACAUUACAGGGAAAGUCCUUGAGGCUGGCGAGAAGCAUUACCACCCCACAUGUGCACGCUGUGUCCGGUGUGAGCAGAUGUUUGCAGAGGGAGAGGAAAUGUACCUGCAAGGAUCGUCUAUCUGGCAUCCUCCAUGCAGACAAGCAGCCAAGCAGGAGGAGAAGAGUAAGAAGCAGGUCCGGAUACAGCUCAAUGACGGCCUCGAGCAGCAGGUCGGUGCUCCUGUGACCCGGACUUCAUCAGAGAGCAUCACCUCAGUCCCGGCAUCCAGCGCCUCGGGCUCUCCCAGCAGAGUCAUCUAUGCCAAGCUAGGAGAGGAAAUGUUGGACUACAAGGACCUGGCAGCCCUUCCAAAGACCAAGGCCAUCUAUAACAUAGAUAGGCCUGACAUGUUGUCUUACUCUCCCUAUGUCAGCUACCCAUCUGACGAGAGGCACUAUGGAGAGUCUCCCCAGCUGCUUUCUCCUACUCCUACUGAGGGUGAUGGGGAAAAAUCACCCCGUCAACGGAGGCCAUCGAGCCCCAGCUCUAACAGCUCCCUGGGGGGCUAUGGGCGGUACACCCCGUCUCGUUCCCCUCAGAACUACAGCCGACCAGGACCAGAGAUAUACCUUGCCGGUAGACACAGCAGCCAAGCUUUACCCCCAGCCCUCAUGGGGGGCAUUAAGUACCCCUCCACCUGGGCCAGGAACACAUCCUCCCCACCCAUGUACUAUUCUGGUGGGGCUGAAGGGAGCAGUGGUGGUGGUAGUUGUGGCAAGUACUCGCCUACACCAACAGGUGGUAGUGCAGGCUUGUCUUUACACCUAAAUCCCACCACCCUGGCUAUGCUGCAGCAGCACAACUAUAUCCCUUACUUUAGAGGUAGUGAAAGCGGUCGGAGUACCCCCAGCUUAUCCACCUAUUCCGAUGGCAAAUCUCCCUCAUCUACUUCUACAUACGUGGCUGCUCCCCGGCAUUUCCACAUACCAGAGACUAUGGUCAAAGAUAAUAUCUAUAGAAAACCCCCCAUCUACAAACAGCAUGCUUCUAGAACAUCUUGGCAGGAUGGUGAGGAUAGCAAGAGGACCAGUUGGAUGAUUUUGAAGAGUGAGAUUGAUGGUCAGAUUGACAUCGACCCCCGCAAAUCAACCUGCAGUCUGCCCACUGACACUUCCCAACCUAAUUUCCCUUACAAUAAGUCUGCAUCUUUACCUGGCUAUGGAAGAAACGGCAUCUACAAGGCUGCUGAGAUGAUGGAGGAUGAAGUGGACCCAGACUCCCAGAGCUGGGGAGGCAUGAGAGAGUACAAGGUCUACCCUUAUGAAAUGCUGGCAGUGACGCAUAGAGUGAAAGUGAAGCUUCCCAGAGAUGUAGACCGCACCAGACUGGAGAGACAUCUAUCUCCAGAGGACUUUCACCAAGUGUUCGGCAUGACCCUGGAGCAGUUUGACCGCCUGGCUCUCUGGAAGAAGAAUGACAUGAAGAAGAAGGCACGCCUUUUUUAGACAGAAAAACAAUGCUAAACAAAAUCUCAAAAAGUAUCGGGAAGAAAACAAAAUACAAAAAAAGCCCCAUCGGAAAUAUCUAUAUAUGCACCACCGUGAUACUCCUUCUUCCUACUUUCCACCUCUAAAACGCCAUGCCUGUGAAGCCACAGAGGAACCCUGCGAGGGCACAGUUUCACAAAGCUGCGGCGGGCAUCUAUAGCUUUUUGUAUGCAGUGUGGUCCAAAUGUUUGACUGACAACCUUAUGGAGAUUGAGGAGCUGUGUUUGCAUGGCCUGUGCUGAUGCUCCUUGCCUCCUAUGUGGUUUUUGCAUCGACCCCUGACCCUCCCAUAUGCCAGUGCUUUCAUACUCCAUAAAAAAACAACAGCUUUUUCCAAUUCUCAUGCAGGCCUUCCUCCAGGUUUCUGUGGUUUGGAAUGUUUUAUGUGCACCUUCUUUUAAUCUCAGUAUUGACUUGUUUCUGUUUCUGUACAGAGUUUGUUUUCUCUUUGUGAGGUUUUGCCAUCUUGUCUCUUUCCACAUAUCACCUGUUUGCUGCGCUGCCUUUUCUCUCUUGCUGUGUCUGCUCCUUGCAAUAGGUUACUGUUACAUAUUCAAGACAGUUCAUUUUUACACCCUUGCCAUUACAUUAGGACAGUGAAGAGACUGUAGACAUUUACUGUUCAAGCAUGUCAAGGUCAAAGACAGGGAUAAAAAAAAAACAAAAAAUAUGUGAUGUUUUACUUCAAAACUGUCAAAAACCACCUCAUCAUCUUUUGUUUUUGGUUUUCCUUCUUGUUCUAUUCAAUCAGAGAAGUUGGCUACAUAGUUUUGAUAUGCGUGCUCUGGUACAUUUGAAUGUGGCUCCAUAUCUCACGCAAGCCUCUCAUAAAUCAGCCCAGAUAGAGUAGCCAGGGGCUGGAUAGCAGCCACAACUCUGAAUCACAGUCAGCGAGAGGAAGAAAAGGAGGGGUAGAAUACAGAAGGUUUCAGGGUGUACAAACAUGUCAAACAUGCUGCAUUGCUAGGGUGACGUGCACUCACAUGAAAAAAACAAAACAAAUACAAUUAUUUUUAUAAGCUAUUUUUGACUUCUGAAAAGGAUCAUUGAACCGGUCAGGAGGAUGCAGCUGAGAGAUUCAUCUUUUUUCUUUUUUUUUUUGAACAAAAUAAAUCCUUGCAGACUAAGCUUCACAUAACUGCAGCAGACGUAAGCUGAACAAGAGAGGUUUUGUUUGAUUUUAAAGUCAAUACUCUAACUGUAUUAUAUCUUCUCAGCUAGAGAGUUAACUCUUUGUAUGUUUGUUGUUUGAAAGUAUUGUUGCGUACAGUAAUAAAGCUAUACAUUCAAGCUUUGCUCGACUUUCUGGACCGUAAAUCGAUCAACUUGCCAACUAACAUACUGUAACAUGUAUGUAAACAUAUACUGGAUAUAUAUCAGAUUUAUCUGUCUGCCAUGGUGUAUAACUCUUAAGGCAUGCAUGAGGAUGGGAAAUGGGGUUUGUCAACUGACCUGAUAUAAGAAAUGAAUGACAACAUUAUCAUAAAUGUGUUUUGAGUGAUUGAUUCUUUUCUGGUCAAAUGAAGUGCCCAGCUCAGCUCCUUACAUUAGCUUGUGUUAGGUAUUUAUUUAAUUGCAAUACCAGGGAAGGGAUUUUAUUUUUGAAAUCUUGAGUGUUGUGUCAGGGAAGAGUGCUUUUGAAGAGAAACAUAUCAAAUUUUGAGUUUAAUCUGAGUGUCAAAUGUUGCUCAUGUAAGUAACACACUAACUGUUGUCAUGCAUUGCCAUGUCUUCUUUCUAAUAUUCAUCUGCUAUUAAAGUGCUUUAUCCAAA